CAACACUAAGUUUGCCGCCAUUUUGUACCUUAAAACUGAAAUUUCGCCAGAACUUGAAUAGAAUUACAAUUAUUCUUACAAUUAAACAAAUUGUAAUCCAAAACUAAAUGAGCAAUGGGUAGUAACCAAGAUUGGAACAAGGAAGACUCCAAAACUGAGGUCCCACCUGAGGAAGAUGACCAAGUGACUGCAUACAUUGAGAAAUCUGUGGCCCAAUUGUGCUCCGAAAAUGGUCACCGUACCGCGCUGGUUGAUGAAAAGAAGAAGGUGUUGGAUGUCCUGAUCGCCGAGAAGUACACCACUUUGAACGACUUGAUCCACGUCCCCAAUCCCCAGAAUCUUGUGGAUGACAUCAACUUUCUGCAUACCAAGAACGGAAAGAUCCUGGAGAGCCUCAAUCAGGCGGUCACCGCCAAGAGAAACGUCCCCCAGGCCUACGAUGCCCAUUGCAAGAAGGCCCUCAAGGACAAAGUCGAGAUGCAGCAGCGGAACCAAUGCUUCGAUGAGUUUACCGUGAUGGUAUGUAAUCUUCUCAAGAAACCAGUAACUUUGAAGAUCUGUGAAAUUCUAUACAAAUGUUUUCUAUUUCAGAACCACCACGUUAUGUCUUCUUUUUGUUAA